AUGGCUCAAGAUUCAAUAGAGAAUGUGGAAUACUGGAAGAAACGCCCAGCUCCGAUUCAAGUUUCCGAAAAAGACCUGCCGUCUUCGAUUCCGCCUCAGACCGGCCUCACGUUCAACCUAUGGUAUAACAAAUGGUCGCAAGGAAAUAGCGGCCAGAGUAGGUUUGUUAGUCCGUACAGACUGGAUGUUAGGGCACAUGAAGGAAGAACAAGAGGCGACAAGGCCAAGCAGUUACUAUUUUGCCUAUAUUUCAGCAAGGGCAUGUGUUGCCUGGGCAGAAAGUGUGAGUACUUGCAUCAUGUUCCCACAGCGGACGACAUAGCGAAACUGUCUCUACAAUCAGACGUAAUGGAUUGUUUUGGGCGCGAAAAACACGCCAACUAUCGAGAAGACAUGGGAGGUGUUGGAACCUUUCGCAAGAAAAACAGGACAGUAUACGUUGGAGGCAUCACCGGCGCUCUCAAUAAUGUCCCUUUCAAAUCGAGCCAGAUUGAGAACCGCAUAAGGUUUACAUUUGCAAAAUUGGGACCCUUGGAGAGAAUACGGUAUGUGGAGACCAAAAAUUGCGCAUUUGUUAAGUACAAACAUCAAACUAGUGCUGAAUUUUCCAAAGAGGCCAUGAGCAACCAGACUUUACUGAUACCAUCCGAUAAAGAAUGGUCUGACAGAAGCGAUGGUACGGGAUUGCUUGUCAAGUGGGCAAAUGAUGACCCCAACCCUGAAGCGCAGCGGCGCGAGAAGGAGCAACAAGAUCAGGAAUCUCUUAAUGUUAUGUUGGAAUUAAUACGUAAAAAUGAUGCGAAAGAGCAGCCGUCAUUGGAGAACACAUCAAGCUCAGGCAAACGGCUGCUUGAAGGCGCAGAAUCAGAAGACCGCUCUCUUCAAAGCUCUAUCUUCAGCGGGCUUUCUUCUUUCAAUUUGCGUAAACUUAAAAAAUUGAAGGUUGACAAAGCUGAUGACGUACAGUUGAAGGAGAUCCCAACCGCCGGUCUGGUCGAAUAUCCGUCCUCCGAUGACGACUAG